UUGCGAGUCCAGGAAGUUGACAGCCCCACUGUGGUGUGAAAGGACGGGACAAGGGAUCUUUAAACCUCCACAAAUCGGCUGGAAAAACAAAGCAUUUUGGAAUCGAUUGGGUCCGACACAAAUUAUUGGAUGUUCGGGAGGAACUAACAGAGGCUCUUUGGUAUUUUCAACGUUUAUAAAUUGUUCUUCACACCUUCACCACUCACUUCCCCCUCUUGUCAUCAUUAUGGACUCCUCUCCAGUCCUCCGGCAGCAAAGCCAGAACAAAAUCCGCAAUGACUUUCUGAGAAUGAAGAAUGAGCACAACAAAAAGCACCCAGACCCAAAGUCUUCCAAGCUCGCGUCUGCGCCUCACCUUUCCUCCAAAGAUAGUGAGAACAAAGAUCCAGGAAGCUCGGAUCAUGGUUGGAAGGCGCUUGUCCGGCCAGGUGUAAGCAGACUUCCGGUGCUUGCGAAGUCCAUUCAUCUUCAGACUCCCUCUGACUUCAGUCAGUCCCACUGCAGGUGGGAGGAGAAACCUCUAGCUGGGAAAUCUAAGAAGAAAAAGCCAUGCACCCGACCUGUACCUUUCAACCUGUCUCAACCCAAAAGUACAAGAAUGGCCACCAAGGAUCAGCAGCCCCUGUCUGUUCAGCAACCAAAGACUCAUGCUACACAACCUGAAAACAGUUUAUUCAGCUCAAAAACAACUAAACAUCCGGUUGUCUUAAACAGCAAUGCGGACUCAACCAAAGGCAUGGGGAGGUCUCAUGGAAAGAUGACAGAAAAUAUGUCGCACCUGCCUGGACAGUCUGGGCCUUCCAACAAUUUUAAGACUUCCACCACUUUAUCCAAUCCCUUGUCAUCCAUUGCUAAUAACACGAUGCAUCAGAACAACACUGCGUCUUCUGUGCCACCUGCUCUCGGUGUCGCUGGUGCAGACGUCUGCUUGGAUAACAUGAACCUCCUGAGUCUCAAAGAUGCUUCCCAGACUGCUCAGCUGUCUGCACAAAGCAGUUCUUCAAAAGCUUUAACUGACAAAGGGGAGAACUUCCCGACCGACCAUGCGGCUCUGCUAAGUGUCCUCCAGAAUAAGGGAGUCACCGCCAUGGCAUCUACAACUCCCCAGUCCAAACCAUAUAACUCCUUGCCCCAGAGAGUUCCGGCCACGAAGACCCGACAAAAAGCUGCACCCUCCACAGUGUCGGGGAAGUCGUUGGAGUUCUCUCCGGACCCGGCCGCUCUGCAGAGUAUCCUCCAGAACGAGGGCGUGAAGGCUGGAAGGGUCACUGCAGCCACACCCCGAAGCUCGGUCUGUCCACCAGGCAGAGGAACUUCAAUCUACAGAGCUCAGAGAGUGCCGGUUAGAAAGAAUCGCGCGGAGUCGACGGGCGGUCCAGUGGCAGUAGCGCUCAAAGAGAUAAAAUGGACCCCACAGAGAGUCCCCAACACCAGGCAUCAGCCCAUGUCCGCUAUGAAAUGGCACAUGUCGACAAAGCAGUACAGCACUCCCGGGCGCAGAGGCUGCAAGAGCAACGUUCAGCUGCAGCAGGAGGAGGUUGUUCAGAGACUCUUUGAUGAUCAAGAGGACGAGAGGAGCACGAACGUCACCGACAAAGAUUCUGGGGCACAAGCGGAGCAGCUCCCGGUUGACGCCUCGACUGCUAAAUCCCACCGUGAAGAAAAGGUGGAGGAAAGCGAGGCCAGCAGUGAUGAGGAGGAGGAGGAGGAGGAGGAGGAGGAGAAGUUUGUGGGAGGACAGAUGUUCUUACAAGCACCGCACAGGGAGUCUGUUAUUUUUUUCUCGACGGGCAAAAAACUGAUCAGAGCCCCGCGAGUUGAGAAGCCGGAGGCGCCGCAGCAUCGACACGGUCCGGUUUCAUCAGAACAGAGACGGUUUGUGCCGGCGCAGGAUGACUCGUCGGCCGAGGCCGAGCCGAGCUGUCAGGUCAACCCUUGUGUUCAGCGUCUGCACAGAGACGUCAUUGUUCAGAAGACUACCUCCCUGAGUCCUGCGGUGGCGAUGCUGAGGAAGCGUCUCCCUCCGCUGGAGGAGCUGCGCAUGGAUGAGGAGGUGGCCACCUACACCUCGCUGUCUGGCCCCGCUCCCCCGAGGUUCCUCCCCCCUCCGCCUCGCUGUGGAAACCCGCUGGCCUCCGUCUUGUACUUCGAAGAGUCCACUAGAUUUGUACCGAUUGCCUUCGACGCCUCGUCCGGCCCCUUUUCCCCUCUCAGCUCUCCACUACAGGAGAGAUGAUUUGCACUACAAAUACAGUAUUUCUUCUGACUGUGAGAAGCUAACACCAGUGUACUGAUUAGACUAGAGAUGUUUGUCCGACACUGUCGCUGCUUGUUUCAUAGAUGCUCUCUAAAAAUAUAUAUAUAUAUAUAUAUAUGAAGUGAUGUCUAAAUGAGGCAUUUGUUACAUGCAUAUUUGUCAAUAAUGUAGAAUAGAAACUUAACUCUAGGAGUCCGAGAGAAUGUUAUUUUUUAAUAAACGUUAUGUGGGUUAAAAAAUGAUGUUUGUAAUGUACAGUGUUUAUAAUAAAUCUCUCUAUGUAUGUCA